UUUCCAGAUUACCUGCCUUGUUCGGUCUGUCUGCAGCCAGCACCUCGUGAUGUUGAUAAGAGCUGUGGGGUGGACUUUGAGGUGAAAGCUUUUUCAACAGAGAAUCUGGAAGAGAGAAUUCAUAAGAGGAACUCUGCACGUCUGCUGAUCCGUAAGGUGCAAUAUGCUCCAGAAAAGCCAGGACCCCAACCUUGUGCGGAGACCUCCUGGCAGUUCUUCAUGUCCAACAAGCCAUUACACUUGAAAGCUUGCCUCAGUAAAGAGGUGUACUACCAUGGCGAGCCCAUUCCAGUCACUGUCACCGUCAACAACAGCACAGAGAAAACAGUGAAGAAGAUCAAAGUCCAGGUGGAGCAGGUUACCAAUGUGGUUUUGUACUCCAGUGACUACUAUACAAAAGUGGUAGCUGCUGAGGAAGCACAGGAAAAGGUGCAGCCAAACAGUAGCCUGACCAAGACACUGACACUUUUGCCCUUGCUAGCAAAUAACCGGGACACCCAGGAAAUAGCUCUGGAUGGAAAGCUAAAAGAUGAGGACACCAACUUGGCUUCUAGUACUAUUAUUAAGGAUGGAAUAGACAAGACGGUGAUGGGGAUUCUGGUUUCCUACAAGGUCAAAGUGAAGCUCACUGUUCCGGGCAUGCUGGGAGACCUCACCUCCAGUGAAGUGGGCACAGAGCUGCCAUUUCGUCUCAUGCACCCCAAACCUGAGGAAAAGAACCCAGCAGGGAAGGAUGGUGAAGCAGACCUGGUAUUUGAAGAGUUUGCUCGUCAACAGCUAAAAGAUACGCUUGAUGAUGAAGACAAGAAUAUGUCCUCAACUGAUGAGUGA